CUAUGGAAUGGAAUGCACUCUGACUGACCGUGUUCAGCAGAUCCCGCGAAAGUCCCAUCGCUGUACAAACACCAAUUUCGUGAAUCCGUUACCUCGAUUACCGAGCAUAAAAUGACAGGAGGGAGUUUUAUUCUCUUUUCUGAACGGUGUGACCUGAAGAUGAAACAGUGAGAACAUUAGCAAGGACUGGUCAGGAAUGGUGGCCGUAAGGAGGUCUCGUCCUCUUCGAAAUCAGUUGUUCACAAGAAUAACAGUUGUUUGGUUUCUGUGUAUACUCUUCAUUCUCUUGGCAUUCAGUACAACAUGUCUUCUGGUUGUCGAUAAGAUCAAAGCUCUAUCUGUAACGAAGACAAUAGCCGGAGACAAUCUAGAGCCCACUCCAUGGCACCCAUUUCCAGCCAAAAUAUUUCCAUCAGAUGGCAAGUAUACACGAGCUUCGCAGAUUUUCCAGUGCUCCUACCUUACCUGUUCUUCACCCUUGAGGUUCAUCCGCUCUUACAUGAAUAAGAAUGAGCUGCUUCACAAUACAACUCAUUCCUGCCCUGCGCUUUUCCAGUGGAUUCACGAAGAUCUUGCUCAGUGGAGAGUGUCUGGAAUCACAGAAAACAACAUUAAGGCUGCCAAGGAAUUUGCUGCUUUUCGAGUGGUCAUUGUGGAUGGUCGGUUGUAUGUAGAUCCGUAUUAUGCCUGUGUGCAGAGCAGAAUGAUGUUUACAAUUUGGGGACUCUUGCAGCUCUUGGAACGGUAUCCUGGGUUGGUGCCUGAUGUUGAUAUCAUGUUUGAUUGCAUGGAUAAGCCAAAGAUCGAGAGGGCAAAAUAUAGACAAUCCAAAUUCUCGCCACCUCCUCUGUUUCGAUACUGCAGCAAUAGAGAUCAUCUUGACAUCCCUUUUCCAGAUUGGUCCUUCUGGGGAUGGUCUGAAACUAAUUUGGCACCCUGGGAAGAAGAGUUCAACAACAUUAAAGAAGGCUCCAAAGCUGUGAAGUGGAUAGAUAGAAAACCAACAGCUUACUGGAAAGGAAAUCCUGAUGUGAGUUCUCCCAUACGGACCAAAUUGCUGGAAUGCAAUAGUUCCAGCAUGUGGGGGGCGGAGAUUUUGCGGCAAAAUUGGUUUGAAGAAGCAAAUGCAGGCUAUGAGCAGUCUAAACUUGCAAACCAAUGUAGGAAUAGGUAUAAAAUUUAUACGGAAGGCUUUGCAUGGUCUGUAAGUUUCAAGUAUAUAUUGUCUUGUGAUUCACCUGUGCUUGUUGUAACACCCAAGUAUUAUGAUUUCUUUACUCGUGGACUCAUGCCACGAGAAAACUAUUUGCCAGUGAGAAGUACGAAACUUUGCACAUCCAUUAAGUUUGCAGUUGACUGGGGUAACAGUCAUCCGGCAGAGGCAGAGGCCAUUGGGAAAGGAGGCCAAAAAUUCAUGGAGGAUUUGAACAUGGACAAUGUCUACGAGUACAUGUUUCAUCUUAUUUCAGAGUAUUCAAAGCUACAAAAGUUCACACCACAGGUUCCAGCUACUGCACAAGAAGUAUGCAAGGAAUCUGUGCUUUGCCUUGCCGAGCCCAAAGAAAGGUUCGUUUUAGAAAGUUCUAUACCAAAAACUCUAACAUACCCACAGCCUUGUUCUCUGGAUCCUCCCAACCAGAAGCUGUUCAAGAAGUGGACAGACAAGAAAACCAAAGUUAUCAAUGAUAUUGAGAAGAUGGAAGACAUUUCUCAGACAAAAAAGAAGGAAGUUACAGAAAUCCAGAGUAUCCAGAAUAAGAAGAGUAUUGAUAUUGAGAAGAUGGAAGACAUUUCUCAGACAAAAAAGAAGGAAGCUACAGCCCCGAGUAAGGUGUUAGACAGGAACCAGAGGACUCAGAAUAAGAAGAGUGAAGAUGCGCACCAAGGUGAGAAGAAGAAAGAUAUGAUCCAGACUAAGAAGACAGAAGAUUCACUCGAGGGUAAGAAUUUAGGGGGUGGAGAUAUGCCCCAGGGUAAGAAAAGGAAAAAGAGAUCCCGGACCAAGAAGACAAAAGACACGCCCUCUUAUAGGAAGUUGGAAGAUAAGCCCCAGGGUAAAAAAGGGUAAGGGGAUAAGAAGGACAAGAAUCAGUAGAAAUUUAUUUAUAAUUUAUUUUAUUCUAGUUCUGUUACACAUCCAAUGCAGAUUCACUCUUAUUUCAUAAGUAUUGGUUCCUAAAUUCUUUCUUGGUGCCAAGGUAGCAGAAAUUUGGGAAUUUGUGAGAAAUUAUUAAGAAUUGUAAAGGAAAGCCAUCUAUUUAGUCAUCCCAAACACUCGUAGUAAGAGAUCAGUAUGCGAGUCCUCCUAGUUUAUGGAGGUUCGUUAUCUUGUACUUUUAUUGUCCUGAGAAUCCGUGAUUGCUAAUUGCUGAGCAGAAAAGAUUGUCUAAAUAUUUAACUCAUCUUCUGUAACCAAAUGAAUUAAUUGUUUAUGUUACUGUUAUCACUGCA